AUGGCCGACAGUCGCCCGCGGGACCGCCGCGGGGCCAGGCGCAGCGGCCGCUACCCGGCGCGGGCCGCGGCGAAGGCUGUAUCCGAUUCAGGAAAGAAGAAUUCUGGCAGAAGCACCUUGCUGAACCAGAGACCAACCGUGUUCCCUGAUCUUGAUAAUGACACGCCACGGUUUAUGCUCAAGAGAAUUAUCCAGACCCAACCACAAGUUUCACCUCUAGCGGCUCAGAUAUCUAAACAUGAAGAAACAGAAGAAGCUCGAUCAGAACUCCCAUCUAAGAGGGUUUCCAGCAUGGUGGAAAUGCAACUGCCAGACCUUGUUCCUGAGGACAUAUCUAUCACCACAUUCCACAUGACUAAGAAGAGAAAGAAACUCAGCAUUUCUGAAUUUGAGAGAGCAGCAGACAAACGGCUUCCUCAGAACCAAGCUCAGUCAACGUUGGACAGCACUACUUUGGCUCGAUCUCUUCGCAUGUCUCUUGGUUCCUUGAUCCCACCGGACACUGUUGAAAAGAGAGGCUUACUCCGGAGGCCAAAAAAUCGCAAAGCUGUUGACAUGGAAGCUUUCGAAGGGGGAGUGGAACAGAACAUGCUGAAGAGAAAAGCACAGAACUAUCUUGUGGACUCACAAACAGCACCUGGGAUUCAAAGAGCCACGCUGACGAGUGAUGCGGAAAUCAUGCUGAGUAACACGGAGCUCUUUGUUCAGCCUCAGUUUGAUGAACAGAGCCAAAAUAAGCUUUCUGCUCUUGAACCACAGCUAUCAGAUUCAAAAACUUCAGCACAGAGAAGUGAGAUUUCUGAUGCAGCUCAAGAGGAAGCAAGGCUGGUGGGCCUGGUAUCUAGUGUGGGAGCAAAUGAAGGAAGGACCCAAAGAUACUCUGAGGACUUAAUCCAUGAUCGUGAGCAUGUUGACAGAAUGACUCGUGUAUCUCCAAAACCACCUGCAAACCAGCAAGAAGAUAAACAAGAUCAUUCCCAGCAGAGUAACCCAAUGGAGCAGCUUUCUGUUUCAGAAGAGGUGGUGGUUGGCACUGCAGACCAUCAUGCAAAUGCUGGAUAUUCGGAACAUUUGGAGAAGAAACUGACCAAAAAUGCAGAAUCGCAGAGAACUACGGCACAGGAUGCCAGAGUCGAAACAGAAUUGGCCCCUUCAGAAGCAGGUGGAAUAGCAGAAGGCAGUGUUGACCACCAAGGCUUUCCCGAAGCUGAACGUGAGAUUGCCAAAGGUGUUGGAGCUGGAAGCCUGGGCAGGCAUUCUGAUGCUUUUUCCUCCUCUGAAAAAUCUGGGAUGAAGCCAUUGCAGGAAGCUGUUGAACAAGCAGGUGAACUAGAGGACCAGGCUAUCACGGUAGAAUUGGAUGGUCUGGAAGAAGAGCCUGCUGAGGAUGAAGCUGAAAACCCUGAGAGUGAAGAGGUUUCCAUGAAGACACCCACGUUUGUCCGCGCUGCAGCCUACAAGCCACUGCUGUUAACUCCACGUCCUGUGAAACCUGCUGCUCCCAAGUCUCCCCUGCAGCCGCUGCAGGCUAAGCCAGUUCCAAAGCGCUCGGGAGCGCCACGGAGGAAAACGUGUGAGCCUGAAAUAGCAAGUAGUUUGAUAAAGAAGAUAUUUAGCCAUUACGUGAAAAUGCCAGUGGCCAGAGAUGCAUUCAAAAUUAUUGAAAAAUGCUCCGAGAGGUACUUCAGGCAGCUAAGCAGCGAUCUGGAAGCUUACAGCAACCAUGCAGGGAGGAAGACAGUGGAGAUGGCUGACCUGGAAGUCCUCAUGAGAAGACAAGGGCUGGUGACAGACAAGAUGCCGUUGCACGUGCUGAUAGAGCGUUACCUCCCUCUGGAGUACAGGAAGCUCCUGAUUCCGGUUGCCGUGAGUGGAAAUAAAGUGAUCCCCUGCAAAUGAGCGUGUCCGUGCGGCAGCGGGGGGUGGCCUGCUCGCGGAGGCUGGCUCCAGGUUGGUCGCGUAACUGUUCUCUGUGACCGUUUCACACCGGUAACCGGUGGGACAACAGACAGGCGACAUUCUCGUGAACUGAUGCGGAUUGUGGCUGUCACGCCAGCCUGCCGGAUCUCACCAACUGUUACUACAAGUAAUUUGACUAUCCCAAAUUUUUUAUGUUACCUUUGAAUACUUGUACAGCGCUGAUAAAUAAAAUACUGUAUGUA